GUGUCGUGUUAAAUGUUUUAUCGCUUUAUAUUGUUUGGGAUACUGACAGGAAACUGUUAGGGUGAUUAGUUUAUUUUUUGUUUUACUCUCUAAAUUGUAGAUUUGUGAUCUAAAUGACCGGUUCAAAGUUCAAACCGCCCUCCUGUUGUGACAUAAUCCAACAUGGCGGCCACCGUUGCCAGACUGCUUCGCACCUCUGCUCGGGUUGGAGCUGGUGGGUUGAGAGUUGCAGCUGCUUGUCAACAUAGAGCUGGUGGUGCUGCGAGGGUCCUUUCUGCUCCUGCCCUUCAGAGAUCCUCUUUCUCCACCAGCAUCUCCAGAUGGGCCCCUGCUGUCACUCAGCCGGCUCCGGACUUUAAGGCCACAGCUGUCCACAACGGGGAGUUCAAGGACUUGAGUCUGGCGGACUUCAAGGGGAAAUUCCUCGUUCUUUUCUUCUACCCGCUGGACUUCACGUUUGUGUGCCCGACGGAGAUCAUCUCGUUCAGCAACAAGGCCAGCGAGUUUCAUGACAUCAACUGUGAGGUGGUGGGAGUGUCAGUGGAUUCUCACUUCACCCACCUGGCUUGGAUCAACACCCCACGAAAGGCUGGAGGUUUAGGAAACAUCCACAUCCCGUUACUGUCGGAUCUCAACAAGCAAAUCUCCAGAGACUACGGGGUUCUUCUCGAGGGUCCGGGCAUCGCGCUGAGGGGUUUGUUCAUCAUUGAUCCAAACGGUGUGGUGAAACACAUGAGUGUCAACGACCUGCCAGUCGGUCGGUGUGUAGAAGAGACUCUACGGUUGGUGAAGGCAUUCCAGUUUGUUGAGACGCAUGGAGAGGUUUGUCCCGCCAGCUGGACCCCGAAGUCCCCAACAAUCAAACCGACCCCUGAAGGAUCAAAGGAGUACUUUGAAAAAGUCAACUAAUGGUCCACAGCGCUGUCGGCAGAAACAGUGAAUACUGCAGACAAUAAAAGCUUCUGUAAUCAACAAUAAAUCUGUUUAACACGC